ACAUUGUUGGCAGUCGCAAGGUUUGGUUGAUCAUCAUACUCUCUCUGAAAUUCGAUUGCCUUUUGUUCUUUUUUUGACUCUCCUCUCUUGGAACUAGAUCAUGUAGUAUUUCCUGUUCAAGUCUCGAAACAUUGUUUCGAACAUCGCAUCUGUCUGCUUGCUUAUAUUCAUUCAUCAUCUGGGUAUCCCACAUUUUCUUUCUUGAAUGCUCUCACCGUCGAUCUUGACUUUUAAGUGCCAAGAUGCAGCCCCAUAUUUUUAUUCUUUCCGAGCUGCAACCCUUUUUUAGAGUACCAAAUCAUGCAAUUUCCUUGGGAAAUCUGCUCCAGUAAAAGCUCUCUAGUCUUUCUUUAUUUCAAUGCAAAUGUCAUUUGUUGCAGACAAAGGCCAAUGGCUUUGCUAACCCUAUUCCUGAUGAGUGUUUGAUCAUCUUAAUUUGUUUCUUCCCGAGAGCCCUCCCGCCCUCCCGCCCAUUCAAGAAUAAAGAAGACAGUAAUAUUGCCCAGGCCAGUUGUCAAUCAUGGAAGAGACAUUUGUGCCUUUUCGAGGAAUCAGAACUGACAUCAAAGGAAGGUUGCUGUGUUACAAGCAAGACUGGACUGGAGGCUUCAGAGCAGGCUUCAGGAUCUUGGCUCCUACCACAUACAUAUUCUUUGCCUCAGCAAUCCCUGUCAUUUCAUUUGGGGAGCAACUUGAGAGAAAUACUGAUGGAGUUUUAACAGCUGUUCAAACCUUAGCAUCCACGGCAGUUUGUGGGAUUAUUCACUCUAUCAUUGGAGGUCAACCCUUGCUGAUCUUAGGAGUUGCAGAGCCCACCGUGAUAAUGUACACAUUCAUGUUCAACUUUGCCAAAGAGAGAGCAGAUUUGGGUCGCAAUCUGUUUCUUGCAUGGACUGGAUGGGUGUGUGUAUGGACUUCAAUCUUGCUGUUCUUAUUGGCCAUCCUAGGAGCUUGUUCCAUUAUCAACAGAUUUACACGUCUGGCAGGAGAACUAUUUGGUUUGCUCAUCGCCAUGCUGUUCAUGCAGCAAGCAAUAAAGGGACUCGUGGACGAGUUUCGCAUACCAAAACGAGAAAACCCAAAAUCAAUUGAGUUCAUACCUUCAUGGAGAUUUGCUAAUGGGAUGUUCGCUUUGGUUCUUUCGUUUGGUCUUCUGCUAACUGCAUUAAGAAGCCGAAAGGCAAGGUCAUGGCGUUAUGGGUCUGGUUGGCUUAGAAGCCUCACAGCAGACUACGGUGUGCCUCUUAUGGUUCUAGUCUGGACUGCCGUUUCUUAUAUUCCAGAUGGAAGUGUUCCUAAAGGAAUCCCACGGCGUCUCAUGAGCCCAAAUCCAUGGUCACCUGGUGCAUACGAGAAUUGGACGGUUAUUAAGGACAUGCUCGAUGUUCCCAUUCUGUAUAUUCUUGGGGCUUUUAUUCCUGCAACGAUGAUUGCCGUACUCUACUACUUUGACCACAGCGUGGCGUCUCAACUUGCUCAGCAGAAGGAAUUCAAUCUGAGAAAGCCGCCUUCUUUCCAUUAUGACUUACUUCUUUUGGGUUUCUUGACUUUGAUGUGUGGCCUGAUCGGAAUCCCUCCAUCGAAUGGUGUGAUCCCGCAAUCUCCCAUGCACACAAAGAGUCUAGCCACUCUUAAACAUCAGUUGCUUCGUAAUCGAUUGGUUGCCACAGCACGCCAAAGUAUGGGAAAGAACUCGAGCUUGGGACAACUGUAUGGGAAUAUGCAAGAAGCCUAUCAACAAAUGCAGACCCCUCUCAUCUACCAGCAGUCUUCAGCUCGAGGGCUAAAUGAAUUAAAAGAGUCAACAGUUCAAGCGGCUUCAAGCAUGGGGAACAUCAAUGCUCCGGUUGAUGAGACAGUUUUCGACGUCGAAAAGGAGAUUGAUGAUCUAUUGCCGGUUGAGGUCAAGGAACAACGUCUCAGUAACUUGCUUCAGGCUGCAAUGGUUGGAGGAUGUGUUGCUGCAAUGCCUGUCCUAAAAAUGAUUCCAACAUCAGUCCUCUGGGGGUAUUUUGCGUUUAUGGCAAUCGAAAGCUUACCGGGCAACCAGUUCUGGGAGAGGAUACUGUUACUGUUUACUGCUCCGAGUAGAAGAUACAAGGUUCUUGAGGAGUACCAUGCCACCUUUGUGGAAACCGUGCCAUUCAAGGCGAUUGCAAUGUUUACAAUGUUCCAGACGACCUACUUGCUCAUCUGUUUUGGGAUCACGUGGGUUCCUAUAGCGGGGCUUCUGUUCCCCCUGAUGAUUAUGCUUUUGGUCCCCGUAAGGCAAUACUUUAUGCCCAUGUUUUUCAAAGGAGCAUUCCUUCAGGAUUUAGAUGCAGCAGAGUAUGAAGAGGCCCCGGCUUUGCCGUUCAGCCUUGCUACUCAGGAGGCCGAACUAGGCACGAGAGCGCCCUUUGCAGAGGAUGGAGAGAUUUUAGACGAAAUGAUUACGAGAAGCCGGGGUGAGAUAAGGCGUAUUUGCAGCCCAAAGGUGACAAGCUCGAGUGCUGAAACGCCGGUGAGAGAUCCCAAGACCUUGCAGAGCCCACGCUUCUCGUCGUCAGAUAGAGCGUAUACCAGUCCUCGCAUAAGUGAAUUGAGAGGGGAGGCAAGCCCUCGGUCGAUGAGAAGAGAGCAGCAUGUCAGCCCAACUCCAAGGCAUUCUAACCUGGGGACAAGCCCCCCGGCCGGCCGGUAAAAGAGACUCAUGAAUAUGAAAGAUAUCCACUUUGUUCGAUUUCAGAUUAUAUAUUUAUGUGUGUGUGUGUGUGUGUGAUGGAUCAAAAUUGUAAUGUAAUUUGUGCAAUAAACUAGUUUUGAGUUGACUUGUAUUAUAUAUAUAUAUAUAUGUCGUCUGGGUUGGGCACUAGUGGUAGUGAUGUAAAAAACUCAUCUUCCGUCGCAGCAUAGUACUGGGUUGUUCUUGUAUCAUAAACAGUAGCCUUAGCUUGAUGGAUGAACGUUGUUAUUUGCACAGUAAAUUAUCAUUGCUUACUUGUGGAACUUCAGGAGCAAGAAGACUUUGCCUUGGCCUCAGGGUGGGUGGGUAAGAGAGGCCAUCGCAUAGGAGUUACUGCUGGUUACUUGAAAACAAUGGCCGUCUGUACUCUGAUGUUAAUUAUUACUCUUUAAGAUUAAGAUUAUAUAAUUAAUACUUCCAUCAA